AUGGACUUGGAGAAGGAAGAACCUGAAAAAUGUUCUAAUGAUCGAAAUAUCAGUAAAAUUAUACCGAGGCGCUUCAUCGUCCAUCUAAGUUCAUUGGUAUCAAUAGCCACAGCAUCCAUAUGCAUAUCGCUGAUCGCAUUGUACCAUCAGAGUGAAGCUGCUCUGAUAGUGAUGACAUGUUCCAACAUACUUUAUGGCCUCGGUUCAUUUGCUUUCACAACGUAUUCAAAAAACGUUGUAUUAAGGCCAUUGCAUGGAAAGUUAAUGAAAAUGGUUUGCAUAUUUAUGCAAUUCAUUACGAUUGGAGCGGCUGUUGAGUAUUUGGACGACACGAGAAAGCAUCCUCCCCUUUCAAGGACCGAGCUUCAUAAUGCACUACUGAUAGCCAUUGACUGUCUAUUGCUUAUCAGUUUAUUGACCAAUGGUGUAGUGAUAGGUUUUCUGAAUAAAUCCGCAAACGCACAUGACUUUAACAACGACAAGACAAUUGAAAGCUAUUACCAAAGCUCAGAAAAAUUUGUACCCUUGAAGAACUCCACUCAAACAUUAACACCAAGUUUAGACUUGUUUCAAACAAACCAGGACAACAGUAGCAAUCCAUGUGAGUUCAGCGAUACGCCUAUUAUCGCGACAUCAGACGAAGUUUCAUUCCCUUCCGUAUUGAAACAUAAAAUGACUAAUCGUCACCUUGCGGCAGCCCGAGAUGGAUUGAGUACAAACGGUGAAUCGAAUCCCAGCAUUGUAUCGAAAAGUUCAAGAAGAAAAAACUCACUACUAUUUAGAUUACGUUCAUCGAAAUACCUUAAGACCAAAAGACAAAAAUCGGAAAAGACAAAAACUAGCAUAAUAGAUACAAAGAAAGGGAAUAUUGAUGACCGCUAUGUGUCCCGUCUUUCGACAAUACCAGAUCUUUCGAGAAGUAUUUUGAACUUGAUCAACUCCUCAUCAGCAGAUGUACAAAGUAACAAUCCUGCUAGCAGCAGGAGAGAUAAAACAGCAUCACAAUUCACUGAGACCUCGAAAUCUGUAUCACAAGCAUUAGAUUGUCAGGAACUGCAUAAUCCAUCAUCGCCAUCUUUAGAACUUGAAAGAAAUGCUAUUCAAAGGAUCAAUAGCGCCCUAUUACCGCCAUGUUUGAGUGUCGUUGAGCGACCUCUGACGAUGGAAUCAGAUGCCUUUCAAAACCACGCAAUGGCAAAAUUUUCAUCAAGCUCUGAAAGGGCGGAUAAUACCGAAAGAAUUCUGCAAAUGAGUCCAAAUAUAUUGGAAAAAAAUGACCUUGGUGAUAUACCAGCAAUUUCUUUUUCUAAGGAUGACGGUUUUGACAGCUAUUCUCCUGGUUUCAAUAAUAACAUGGACUUGCCGGAAGUUGUAACUCUAGGCAUGUGGGAAAAGAAUAAAUCAUCCAUAAUUGAAAGAGCGGAAGGCUUGCGGGAAAAUAUUCUACUUCCUGCUUUCCAAUUUACGGUUGAUGAGCCGAGAAAGGUAGUUUUAAAUGGAAUAGAAUCAAAACCAGAUUUUAGUUACCCAAGCAAGCAAAAAAAGUCCUCCUUCGCUGAUGACUCGCUGGAUGAUGAAAACAGCAACUGUGAUACCAUGAGCGCUGUAGAGGACUACUUUAAUGACAUAAGCACAAAUGGUAUGGAGGACGAAAGUAAAUUGAUGCAGGAAGGGUUCAAACAUAAUAAAUCAUCUUCAUUCAUAAUGGAAAGGGCAUCUAAAGAAUUGAUAAGAACAAGUACUCGACAUUCCCCAACAAAAUCCAUAAUAUCUAUUAUUAGUGGAAACUCCAUUUCUGCACCACAGCGAGCUCAAACAGUUCAAAGUGGAUAUGUAACGGGGUCAAACGAAAAAAGAUCAUUGUCGCAAGCAAACCACUUCUUCUCUAAUUCAGGUAGUCAUAUCUUCAAUUCACCAUCCAAGUCGUCACCAACAAGAUCACACAGAUUAAAAAAGAUUGGUAAAAAAUUAUCCAUGUCCAAUAUAUCUGAUUCUAUGAUAAACCAUUAUGGGAGUCUGGAAAAUACGAAUGAGCAAUUCAGCACACAAAGGCAGCUCCAUAAAAGGGGAACUAGCAUCGAUUUUAGCUACGUACUUACCCUACAAAGUAAUCACUCACCUACUAAAUCAGUCAGUGGAUCAAUUUUGAAGGAUAGAAGACACAGCCUAGUCACGGAAAAUGGCUUUCGAACGGCAAGUGGUCUAUUCAAUCUUCAAAAUGGAAAUUUGAGAACUGGCUAUGAUCCUGAUGAUGUGCAUGAUACAACUUUAAGCAGAAACUCCCCAGAGCGCCACGUUUCCAGCUCCACUAGUUCAGAAAAAACAACAAGAUCGUCUGCAGCUUCAGGAACAAGUUAUCCAGAGCUAGUGAUGAGCGAAUAUGAUCGGGAGAGGUGGAAUACUUUAGUUUCGCUCGACAAAAUUGCCAUAUAA